AUGGAUUUUCCGGCUACUCCGUCCAAUGCAUCAGAUAGUAAUGAUUAUCCCGGCGCCACACCCUCUACUUUUGAUAUGACUCAAGAUAAUAACAAAAGACGAAGUUCUUCAAGAUCAAUAAAGCGGCGUCGAUUUGACGAUGAGCUCGUUGAAUAUAGUUUGGGUUUGCCUGGUGCAUCCUUUGGUAAAAGUGAUAAAAGAAUGCGCACCCAAUCCUAUACCAGUCAAAUGUCAGACUUUGCCGGAGCGGUCAAUACAUCAGUUACUCCGAUACAGCCAUCUCAGGAGCGUCGAAGGGUCUCAAGUAAAGUGUCAGGUGGUGGAAGUUUGGGGCGAAAGUCUCGUCGCAAAGGACAAUUGAGUCAGUUAUCUACCAAAGAUUUGGGUCGAUGGAAACCUACCGAUGACCUCGCACUUAUAUUAGGAGUACAACAAACAAAUGACUUACGUAUUGUUCAUCGUGGAGUUAAAUUCUCAUGCCGUUUUACUGUGGGUGAACUCCAAUCCCGUUGGUAUGCAUUGUUGUAUAAUGCCGAAAUAUCCAGAGUUGCUAUUGCCGCUAUGCGCAACUUACAUCCUGACCUUGUUGCGGCUGUGCAGCAACAGGCAUUGUAUUCUACAGCAGAGGAAGAAUUGCUUGGAACUUUACCUAGUAAUACACACCCUGCUCCUGAGAAGUUUCAAGAGCUACUAGAACAGAAUCCACAUGUGUUUUAUCCAUCGCGAACUGCUAAGUCCCUGAUGGUCCAUUGGCAACUUCUCAAACAGUAUCAACUCCUACCAGACCAAACUGUACAGCCCUUACCAAAAAGUCAAAGUGACAGUGUGUUGACUUUUUCUGAUGCAGAAGACACUAUAAAUGAUUCUGAAUUGCAAGAUUUUAAAGAAGAUGGUGUAGAUAUUGAAAUGCAAUUAGCUGACAGAGUGGAGAAAAAGGAUAUACGUUUGUUGGAGAACUCGCUAUCUCGAUGGCAGGUUUUGGUGCAAUCGGUGGCUGGUGGCAACAUUGAAUUGGACAAAAACACGCUCGCUGUACUACGAGGCCGUCUCGUGCGUUAUCUGAUGCGAUCGAGAGAAAUUGCCGUCGGCCGCAGCACCCGGGACCACACUAUAGACGUGGACUUGAGUUUGGAGGGCCCGGCUGCGAAGGUGUCCAGAAAGCAGGCCACAAUACGCCUGCGUAACAGUGGGGACUUUUUUAUGUCAUCAGAGGGCAAAAGGCCCAUAUUCGUCGACGGUCGUCCCGUCCUCCAGGGGAACAAAGUCAAAUUGAAUCACAAUAGCGUCAUCGAGAUCGCUGGUCUCCGUUUCGUGUUUCUCGUCAAUCAAGAUCUAAUAAGUGCCAUUCGACAAGAAGCCGUUAAGGUGAACAUACCCGUG